AUGUUACUCAAUAUUGUGGCGUAUCAUUCAUCAUCAUCAUCAUCAUCAUCAUCAUCAUCAUCAUCAUCAUCAUCAUCAUCAUCAUCAUCAUCAUCAUCAUCAUCAUCAUCAUCAUCAUCAUCAUCAUCAUCAUCAUCAUCAUCAUCAUCAUCAUCAUCAUCAUCAUCAUCAUCAUCAUCAUCAUCAUCAUCAUCAUCAUCAUCAUCAUCAUCAUCAUCAUCAUCAUCAUCAUCAUCAUCAUCAUCAUCAUCAUCAUCAUCAUCAUCAUCAUCAUCAUCAUCAUCAUCAUCAUCAUCAUCAUCAUCAUCAUCAUCAUCAUCAUCAUCAUCAUCAUCAUCAUCAUCAUCAUCAUCAUCAUCAUCAUCAUCAUCAUCAUCAUCAUCAUCAUCAUCAUCAUCAUCAUCAUCAUCAUCAUCAUCAUCAUCAUCAUCAUCACUAUCAACAUAUAUGUACUAUUAA